AUGGUAUCGUCUGCCCAGGUCCCGGGACAAAAGCGAAAAGUCGCAUUUGACAGACCAGCCCUGACCUCGCAAGCACGCAAAAGACAGAAGAACCAAGAUGCCCGGUCAAUACCAGUCCAGCGGGGCACCUCCAAAGCCAUGUCCUCCAUCUCCGCCAACGGCGAACUCAACAUUGCGUCCUUCAUCAAAGCGCGAGAGUUUGAGAUCGGUGCGCUUGACAAGAGUAUGCGAAAUUCUCGUAAAGCCUUGAUGUCGAGGGCCUUUCAGCAAGUCCCGAGCCACAUGAGAAGGAGGACUGCGAGUCAUAAUGCCAAAAAGGUGCCCCGGCGGCUGCGGAGGAGAGCAGAACGUGAGAUGAUGGAAGACAAUACGCCGAUUGUCACCAAGCGAAGACGGACCCCCUCCAAAAAACUGAGGCUCAGACUCGACCGGGCGAAACUACUUGGAAAUUGGAACAAAAAUGCAAAGACCGUCCGUCAAAGAAAGAAGGAUGCAAAGGCCAAUGCAAAACAGGAUGACCCUGAAAAUCAUGUCCAGUUCUCACGCAUCCCAAGACCGAAGAAAAAUAAACUCGCAGAAGCACCGCGGGCCACAGUCAAGUAUAAAAAAAGACAGGUCAACAAAACAUGGCUUCCCACGCAUCUCUGGCACACCAAGCGAGCCCACAUGACACGUCCGGUUGAGCCAUUGUGGAGGAUGGCUAUUCCGUUGCGUCCCACGGAGAAAAGCUAUCGCCCUAGUCAUCGGGCUGCGGGCCAGCGUGGAUGUAUUGCUUGGGAUACCAGCUAUAUGUCCACCGUGGCUUGUCGUGGAACACAGUCUGCCAUAGAAAGUAUGCUAAACCGCCUUGGUUUUGUCCCCAAAGGCCUUUCCCUCACUCUGCAAAAUAAGUGGAAAUCGGGCACCCGCUUUGCCCAAGGUUGGGUUCAUGAGCCAGAUAACGACAAGCAGCCAAUCGCCCCGGUAAAAAUCAUCUGGUGCGUAAACGCAAUUAGACCAAGCGACAAAACAAUAUCCAAUCCAGUAAGUGCUGAGGGAACCACCGCCAAGCCAAAUGAUACAACCAAGCCAGAGUCACAAAGCAGGUCCAAAACGAAAUUGACCCACCAAAUCUUGAUUCAAAUACAUCCUUCAGCCUUCCACCAGUUCUGGAACGAGCUUCUGAAAAUGGCCAAGACGCAGAAACCACAAAUUUUGGUAGAUGAUUUGCGAUUCGAAAUUGGAAGCAUUGAGAUUCAAGGUCCAGGAUCAACGGAGGCUCUUCUUGGUGUGCUUCGUCCACCUCAAUGGCACAUAACAUCCGAACACCCUCAUUCGCAUGUAUGGAGUAGUCUCGCUGGGCUCAACAAUCCGAGCCUAUUGCCUCAGAAUGCUCUCCUUGCUGUUGAUAUCAUGGACCCUCGACUGAAUCACCCGCCGACCCAGGUUAAAAUCCCCAGGGAUGCCCAUGAUAGCACGUUAAAUGAAACUCUUGUAUCCUGGAUCCCUGACAAGACUCCGACAUCAUCUCGUCUUUACUCACACAAGGCUCGCUUUCUCUUAAGCAAUUCUUUGCCAUCACAAAGAGCGAUCAAUCGACGAAGAGCAAUUGCACCUCCUGGGCAGAACCCAAUUCCGACCGACAAAGACCCACAGAUCCCAGUAAUAAUCCUUGCCUCAAGAGCUGAUGUCUCACUUGGACCAUCUACUACGAACUCUCAUGGAAGUUGGACAGUUCUGCUCCCGUGGCCCUGUGUCGACUUAGUAUGGCGUUCUUUGAUGUACUACCCUUUGUCAUCAGGCGGAACUCCUCGAUUUGGUGGACUGGACCAGACACAACAAUUGGCUUUCGAGCAACAGAUACCUUGGUUUCCUGCCGACUUACCGGGCACCGAAGCAGGCAAAGCGUGGGAGCGCACUCAGAGCGAGAGAAAGUUUGACGAAUGGAUUCGAAGACCACCUAAACAUCGCUUUUCUUGGGAUAAACUUGAUUUAGGCUUAAGCAGAAUGGGGGAGGUUGGCAGAGGCUGGGCCUGUGAUUGGGAAUAUCUCUUCGAGAGCGGAAAAAUACCUCCUGGAAAUGAACCAAUAAAGAAUGGAGACAGGUCUUCAGAGAAGGACAACAAGCCACCAUUGACCCAGCGGCAACGCAAAGCAGCCAAAGCGAAGGCAGAAGCCGAAAGGGAACAAUCAGCUCCUCGUCGCAAUACUUCGAGCCCAGAAAUCGAGGACGACGAGAGGGUAGUCUUCCCCACGGGCGCUGACCGCAAAUAUUUUCAACUCUCUCCUGCAGCCAGCUCGUCCUUGUUGAUGAAGCUUUCACAUUGGAAUUUUCCAGCUUAUCCUGUCUUGUCAGCCAUCCGCAUCACAUUUCUCGACCGCGGCACACCGAGCAGGGGGGCUCGCAUCUACCGGCUUCCGACCCCCGAACCCAAACUUGGAGCUCAGGAAACACAAUCUACCACGCUCUCAAAUUCCGAGACUCAAGACCACCCGCCACAAAGCUGGUCCUCAGAAGCCCCCCCACCAGCACAGCGGCCUCCCUCAACCAUCAGCCCCAACGCAUCAUCAUAUCCUCGCUCAUCAGACAAUGCCGAUAGCCUCCGCAGCCGCUGGCUCGCACUGCUACCUCUCCACUUGACCACGAACACCAGUCGUCUCAGGCAGAACCAACACUUCCCCAAGCCCAAGACCAACAGGUUCGGCCUGCCGAGGAAGCCCAGCGCGAUCCCCCGCGAAUCACUCGCGCGUGUCAACGUCCUACCCAAAAACGCCCCACAAGAAGUCAUCGACAAAUAUGGGCCGAACAGCACCUACGGUCGCGGAGACGGCGAAGUGCCAAAAGUGAUGCCUCCGACGAAAAGGUCGGACCAGGUUAGCUCCACUGCAAGAGGCAACAACAAGGGGAAAGACAAGAAUACCCUUGCACAGCGCGACGGCCCAGAAACAGCGCCGGCGCGACGGCCCCAGGCCGAGCCCCAAAUUAUUCCGCAGUCGCAGCAGCAGCAGCAGCAGCAGCAGCAAACGCAGGAAUCACUCACCGGGCUCUUCCCUGCACUCAGCUCCUCUCGCGACAAUGAGCACCAACACCCGCCGGUUCCACACGCCCACGACCUGAUCGGCUUCGUGACGAGCAGCGACGGCUACAACCUGUCCGAGGGCCGCGGCACCGCCAUCGGCAGUAUCUGGACCCAGCGCGUCGUCGAGGGCUGGGCGCGUGCGUCUGCACCCGCCACGGAAAACGAAGGCACGCGCGUGCGCACCCGUUUUCUCUGUAUUGUCCGCAAUGCCGGCGAGAGAGUGGGCCGUCUUGCGAGAUGGGAGGUCUGUGCGUAG